AUGUCAAUUCGAACGCUGAAGAUCGGGCUCAUCGCCGGUGACGGUAUCGGCAAGGAAGUCAUUCCCGCCGGCCGGCGUGUCCUUGAGGCCCUUCCCUCCUACCUCAACCUCAAGUUCGACUUCGUCGAUCUCAAGGCGGGUUUCGAGACCUUCGAGCAGACUGGGAGUGCGCUCCCUGAUGCCACCGUCGACGUGCUGCGGAACGAAUGUCAUGGUGCCCUCUUCGGCGCCGUCAGCUCCCCGACCCAUGCUGUCAAGGGCUACUCGUCUCCCAUUGUCGCCCUCCGCAAGCGCCUCGACCUGUAUGCAAAUGUUCGCCCCGUCAAGACCGUCAUGACGGCCCCCAAACCCAUUGACCUGGUCAUUGUCCGCGAGAAUACCGAAGACCUCUACGUCAAGCAAGAGAAGACGUACGAGGGCCCCGACGGCAAGGUCGCCGAGGCCAUCAAGCGUAUUUCCGACAAAGCGUCCUUCCGCAUCGCGGCCAUGGCUGGUGAUAUCGCCGUUCGCCGCCAGAAGAUUCGUGAUUCGGGUGUGCCGAGCAUCCACAAGUCUCCUCUCGUCACGGUCACCCACAAGUCCAAUGUUCUGUCCCAGACCGACGGGCUCUUCCGCGAAGCCUCGAACAGGGCCCUUGCAGACCCCAAAUACGCCUCGGUCAAGGUGGAGGACCAGAUUGUCGACUCCAUGGUGUACAAGCUUUUCCGCCAACCCGAGGACUACGACGUCAUUGUUGCGCCAAACUUAUACGGUGAUAUCCUCUCUGACGGUGCUGCUGCGCUCGUAGGGAGUCUCGGCCUGGUUCCCAGCGCCAACGUCGGCGAGGGCUUUGCCAUGGGCGAACCUUGCCAUGGUAGCGCCCCGGACAUCAUGGGCAAAGGAAUCGCCAAUCCGAUCGCAACCGUGAGGAGUGCUGCCCUCAUGCUCGAGUUUCUCGACGAACCAGCGGCCGCGGCGAAAAUCUAUGCAGCUGUGGAUGCUAAUCUGGAGGCUGGCAAGCUGCUCAGCCCCGAUCUCGGCGGCUCCGCUACAACCGACCAGGUUCUAGAUGAUAUCCUGUCCCGGUUAUAG